AUGGAGCUGCUACUGCUAGCUGUACUUUGCUGUACUGUACUGAGUGCACCACUGCCAGCACUUGAAGAGCAAUUCAACCUGCCCGGCUUCAAUGCCAAGCAGGAAAAUCACGAGGAGAAGUUCGUUCGAGUUGAUCAGAACAAGGACAAGAAGUUAGACUUCAAUGAGUUCCUGCACAUGGAGCUGGCCUACGUGGACGCCAAGAAGGAAGAAUUCGACUCGCUGGACAAAGACAAGGAUGGUAUCGUGACAUUGAAAGAAUACGAAGAGCAUUACCAUGGAGUAACCAGCAGAAGUGAAGCACGACGUACGGAAUAUUUUGCCGAAGUUUUCCAUGACUUUGAUGAAGACUUUGACAUGUCGCUCAACCAGAAUGAAUUGGAAAGGGUUCUCGCCGAACGAUUCCUUGUCAAGCCACGCGAGAACUUUCCCAAGCUCUUCUACUCAUACGAUCAUGACCACAGCGGUGGACUUGACCUGACUGAAUACAUGAAAUUCGAUGCCACCUUCCCGUUCGAGCAGACUGACCCGAUCACCAGCGUGCAGCAUUUGGGACCAAAAUCUGCAUCAAAUCGUGGUAAACCCUCUCCCAUGCAAAACAUUGACGCGAACGAUAGAUCAGCUAUCGCACUAGUGAUGGCUCAAGGCAGUCCACUUUUGUCGGAAUUUAUACCUCUUGAAGCUGUUGUACCUCCUAAAGUUGCCAGCCCAGUUCUCCACCCGGCUAAUGUGGGAGCUGCUCUUCCUCCUCCUCCUCCUCCCGUGGCUGAUGGUGGACUACAUCCAGUUGUGCCGGGACCAUCUCGUCCAGCCAUGCCAAUCGUGAAACUCGCCAAACUUGCGAAAUCCAUCUAA